AUGGAGAAGAGAUUACAGAAGAGUUUAUUGGUUAUAUUUUUGAUGUCAUGUAUCGGUAGGAGUUCAGGCCAAACGUGUGAGGGACAGUGUGGACAGAAACUGGACUCAUGUUCCUGCCAUGAAACCUGUGCUUCCCUCCAAAAUUGCUGUUUGGACUUUAAGGAAUAUUGUGUCGAUGCCUCUCCAUAUUCUGGCACAAUCUUUGGCGGAACUGAUUUUAUUAUCCUCAAUGCUACUUUUGCUCAAAACUCCAACGUAACCUGCAGAUUCAAUCAUGAAAUUGUAACUCAUGGCUAUGUAGACAUAGAGAACAAAGGCCACUGCAUCUCCCCUCUACUGUAUGAGACUGGAUGGGUUCCCUUAGAAAUCUCAUCAGACAAUGGAAUAACUUACAACAGGCUUGGGGCAUGGCUUUCUGUUCAUCCAGGAAAACUGGACCCGCGUUUCAGAGUGACACUGGACAAUUCAACCAAGUGGCAGUACUAUGGCACUUCAAACACAAAAGGCUCCUUACAAAUGACGUGGAAUACCUCCCAUGUUCGAGCAGAGAAUGUCAAUAUUGAGCUGUGGGGUUAUAGUGAGCAAGGGCAGCCGUACUCUGAAUCCUGGCAUGGUGAAUGGACAUACUUGUACUCCCUGGCCAAAAACUAUCCCAACAACGGCUCAUUCAGCUUUGUGCCUAAAAGUGCAGAGAAACCCUUCUCGGACUGGGAGCUUGGAUCUGUCAGAGUUAGCUCCAGUUCUCAUCCAGAUGGGACAUGGAAUGUCCAUGCAGUAUGGACUGAGGACCAUGCUUUGGCUUGGCAUUUGGAGGAGAAAUUUAGAGAAGACUCAGCCGCAUGGGCUUUGGAUAAGUGUUUAAAAUGGGAUGAACUGGAGAAAGAGCUGCCCAGUUUCCAGGAUGAGAUUAUUGACUGUCCCUGUACACUUGACCAGGCCAGAGCUGACACCGGGAGAUUUCAUACUGAUUAUGGCUGUGAUAUAGAGAAGGGCAGCGUGUGUACAUAUCACCCUGGGAGUGUUCACUGUGUCAGGGCUAUACAGGCAAGCCCCAAGUAUGCAGCUGGCCAGCAGUGUUGCUAUGAUAGCACUGGGGCACAGGUCCUGACUGCAGACUCAAUAGGAGGUAGUACACCUGAUCGGGGACACGACUGGGGUUCUCCUCCCUACAGACGUCCGCCCAGGAUCCCUGGAGCUUCUCACUGGAUAUAUGAUGUCCUCAGCUUCUAUUACUGCUGCUUAUGGUCUGACAACUGUCACUAUUACUUCAAAAACCGACCCUCCAGUGACUGCAGGACCUAUAAAUCUCCAAAAGCAGGUGUUGUGUAUGGGGACCCCCAUUACAUAACAUUUGAUGGGAACAGAUAUACGUUCAAUGGCAUGGGGGAAUACUCAUUGCUGUUAUCAGCUAAGUAUGGACUGAUCAUCCAGGGAAGGGCAGAACCUGUUACAAUGCCAAAUGGUACAUUAGCACGUGCUACUAGGUUGUCCGCGGUAGCAAUGAAAGAGGGGGAUUCUGAUGUGAUUGAGGUGCGUCUGAUUGGUCCAGAGGACAGCCUUCAGGUUCUGAAGAACCAGGAAGUGCUUUUGUUCUCGGAGCAGAACUGGAUGGAUCUGAAAGGUGUAUUCGUGUUUGCUCCCGUUGCUCAGAAUGUGACUGUGAUGUUUCCGUCUGGUGCUGGAGUGGAACUGCGGGGAAGGUCAGGGACUUUAGCCACCACUGUACUUCUACCUGAGGAGUUUUGGAAUACUACUCAAGGCCUGCUGGGAACAAUGAAUGAUGACCCAAAAGAUGACUUCCUCACUAGUGAUGGACAGAGAGUACCUCAUGAUCAGAACUCUCCAGAGGAACUCUUUACUUUUGGGGCAAGCUGGGCUAUCCUAAACGACUCAUCUCUCUUCACAUAUGAUACUAAGGCAUUGCUGGACAAAUACUUUUAUGGUCCAAAGCAUCAUGCGGAAUUCACCCCAGUCUUUUAUGUUCCUGAGAACCCAGAUGACCCACUACUGACAGAGGCCUCUGAGCUGUGCUCUGGCGAUGGUUCGAAUUUCUGCAAGUAUGACACUCUUGUCGCCCGUAGUCUUAUGAUGGGGAAUGCUACCCGUGUGUCCUUCCGCAGCCACAUGGCUAUGGUGGAGGCCUUAAAACCAGUGGUGACCUGUGGCUGGCUUGCUCCACCAAGUAAUGGAGAGAAGGAAGGAACAAGAUAUCUUGAAGGAUCUGUAGUGAAAUUAUCCUGCAAUACAGGAUACACCCUCAAGGGGUCAAAAGAGCGCAGGUGUUUGUCUAAUGGCCAGUGGUCUGGGGAAACUACUGAAUGUGUCCCUGACCGGACAGUGGGCAUUGCAGUGGGCAGUGUUAUUGGUGGUCUGGUGCUGAUCACUUUCCUAACUGCAAUUAUUCUUCACAGCAGGAGGCUUAAGAGGAAAUGA